AUGGUAGCAACGCUCGUAGUUCUAUCAAUAACCACCUACGCAAUGGCAUCUACUACUUUCACCAACCAAACCAUGCUCUUUGGCCGUGGUGGCUACAAUGGUCCUGCCUCUUCAUCUGAGGACGAAGACAACUCCCGUCCUUCCGCACCAUUGAACUUUGGCCGUGGUGGUUACAACCGCGGUGGUGACGAUGAUGAGGAGGAAGAUGGACGUGGUGGAUACAACUAG